UAAUUUGCGGGAAGGCGGAUGAUGGUCGGAGGUGCGGCUCACUAUAUCUGUGCAAUGACACAGCGCGUUACGCACUUCCAGCACCAACAAGUCAGUCACAGGACAGACUAGAGCUUCACCUCCAGCAACCAGCCACAUCUCAAACACAGGGAAUAAACGUCUUGUUGUGACUUCUCUUCAGGAUUCAGGAGACAAAAUGAUGUACUACAGUAUCCUUGCAACUUUCUGUCUGCUAGGCAUGGCCAGCUCUCAAAAAAUAGACGGGGUCACUGCUUGUUUGACUAAGGAGCAAAACUUACUUUUGAACUGCACGUACACCGCAACAGCCAGUAUGAAUCCAUCAUGUUUCUUUACAAUUGAUAAGAAAACAGUGGCUACUACUAAUGACUCCAUAGUUGUGGAUCCAACCUACAAGAUCCGGGCCACAGCCAGCUUAAUUAACAAUAAUGUAUGCCAAAUGACUCUGAAAGGAUAUUCUGGUGACCAGCCACAGACAUACAACUGUAAUCUCUACCAGGGGAGUACAAAUGCUACAGUGGCAAAAACUGUGGAAAAGAAAACCACGAAACCCUGCUCUGAUGGCAAUGUUCUGAAGCAUGGAGGUGUGAUUCUGCUGUUGGCUAUUGUUUUUCCUCUGCUGUCUGGCAUGCUGUGAACCAUCACGAUAAAUAAUGGAAAGAAAUGUAGCCUUAAACAUACACCACUGAAGCCAAAGUUUCCUCCCUGCUCUGAAGAAACGAUCUGCUCCUGCUAAAAAUUUAAGUGCUUUCAAAUGAUGAGGAUUAUGCCUGUACUUUUUGAUUAAUAUCCAUAGCUGUAUCUGUGUUGGUGACAAAUCUGUGUUGGGAUAUUCUGUCUUCUUUCUGUGUAUUAGUUGUGAGUUCUUGCUCUGCUGGCAUGUCAUAUUAUAUUACAUAAAGUAUUAGAUCCUAAGAAACGUGUGAUGCAUGUAGGUAUUGUUUUAAGUGUGUUUAUCUAAACUUAGAUUGUUAUAUUUUAUUACUCUGAUAUUCUUGGUUUAUUUGGAUUUUUAUUGAGUGUUGCAUUCUUCCAUUAAACGUGAUUGGCUAUAUAGCUUGUCUGAACUUGAUACCUUGUUUAAUGAAAUAAAUGCAUUGUCCGCUACAUUCUCACUAUCUGUGUCAAUAAUCUUGAAAGUUUACUUAAGUUUAAAAAGAUUACUUUGGUUAAGCACUCCGUCAGAUCCAACAGAAAAAGACCACUGUUUUAGCUACAAGGUGGAUAAACAUGCUAGCUGUGUAGUGAAGUGACCCAUUUCAUGUAAAUCACAAAAUCAUGUCAAUAGAAAGAAAAAUGAAUGAGUGCUUGUAUGUUAAAUGUGGGAUCUUUGUUUGCAUCCGUGAUUUAAAUUAUAAUCAAAAUAAAAACCAUGAAAUUC